CUGUGCAACGAGGUCGGCUAUAGUGAGUGUUUAUUAUGGCGCAUUGUGUGGCGCGGAAUCAGUUCAGCUCAGCAGAGGCUAUCGGCAUGGCCGUUGUUUUGUAGCGGAUUGCCGGAGAAGAGAUCUACCAAGAUGAGCGAGCUGGGAGCUCACAAGGUACAGGCAGCAUCACUGGCGCAGCAACAGCCUAUAAUGGUAAGCUCUGCUGGAGGACAGCAGACAUUCUUCAUCAGUGGACCCAAUGGCAAGGUGCAGAUGAUUCCAGUGAGUUCUGCAGGUGGGCAGCAAGUUACAACAACUCAAGCUCAACAACCCACGCUUAUCAUCGCCAAUGGCGGAACAGCUGCUCCGGACGGAACAGUUGGGGCACCGGCAGGUGUAACCACCGUUGGAGGAGUCGGAGGAACCGUUCUGUAUCAACCGGUGACCAGUGGACUUGAUGGAACAGGUGGCGCUGGAGGCAUUAAUAUGCUUCCUGCCUCACUCAUCCAACAAAUCCUUCAACAGAGUGGACAAGCCCACACAGGCGCCGCUCAAGCUGGGCAACCAAUUGCCUUGCAGACUUCACCAUCAGGAAACAUCGUUAUGGUUCUUCCGCAAGGCGCUCCUGCUGGCGCACCUUUACAGCUAGGUGGAGCCAUAAACCCUGGCACACUGCAACUCCAAACAGCGCAGGUACCAGGUGUUACGAAUGCAGCACCUGCAACGCAACCCUCAUGUCAACCUGCCCAACAGGCACCUCCAACGCCUACAGUAGCUGCCACAGUUGUGACGGCAGCUGCCGAAGGUGAAGAAGAACCUUUGUACGUGAAUGCUAAACAGUACCAUCGUAUUUUGAAGAGGCGACAGGAUCGGGCCAAACUUGAAGCUCAAGGAAAGAUACCGAAGGAGCGAAGACGGUAUUUGCACGAAUCGAGACACCGUCACGCCAUGAACCGGGUCCGCGGUGAGGGGGGACGUUUCCACAGCGGCCAGGGUGGGAAAGACGAAGGCACUGACGGGGGUGAAGGAGGUGAAGCUGAAACCGAGGCGGGGAAUGCUCAAUGCCUCAAUCAGUACUUUUCCCAACUGCCAAACAAGUAUAUUGGAGAAAUGACAAGCGCUGAGCAGAACUAAUUAGCUUGUUCGGUGGUUCAAUUUUACCCUAUAUGUAUCACGAUAGGUGGCUGGCAGUAGUUAAGCGCAAAUGUAGACAGAACCAGAUAGAAACUAGAAAUUAGUUCAAUACAAAUUAUAAUUACGUAAUUUUGGCGAAAACGAAACAACCCGAAUGGAAGUCAAUUAUUCUGUACAUCAGAUAAAUCAAGAGUGAUUGAGCAAUGCUCCUUCGCGGAUGCUCGAAGACGAGUUGUAUAUAUUUAUGUAUAUGACAAUAUAGACAUUUAUAUGUAGACUGAGGUCGUGUGAAAUGUAUAUAUGAAUAGUGAAACUUGGAGCGGAUUCCUUAAAUGCGUGCGAUAAAAUUCACAAAACUAUUACAAAGGACCAAGCAGAAAUACCGUUACUCGUUCAGACAGGCGGAAUAACACCGGUUUGAUACUUAUGUUACCGUUGCAAACUGGAUUGUUCUGCCUACCGGUAAAUAUAAAAAAAUUUAGCUAAAUAGAUUAUAUAAUAUGUGCACUUAUUGCUUUCUCUAAGUAUUUCUUCAUUAAAAGAUAAGAGCAAGACGGGGGGAGGAGGAGUUGGUGCAGAAAACUAUGUAACCCCCUAUGCCGCCCUUACGUUAGCUAAGGAGCCAUUAAUGUGUGCCAUUUUGUGUUUCUGGUGUGAGCUUUUGGCUACUGGUAUCAGACAGUCGUUUGACAGUAGCUUAAUAAAUAUUUAUGUAAGUAACAUACAUCCAGAUACUGAUACUAAAUAUGGAAAGUUGGGUUAGGUUUCAAUAUAUAUGAAAUAGGCCUAUUUUUUGUGGGAUUGUAUUGUGAAUUUUUUACAAGGCUCUACCGCCAUGUAUAACAAGCAUUGGAUAUGCUUCAAAAAUCUGUUAACGACAGAUAACAACAAGGUGAUACGUAGAAAUGGGUCUUGUUGAUUGUGUUAGAGUAUUUAAUAAUUUAGUACUGCAGCUGAAAUUAAUAUUUACGACAGCACCCUAACUUUAUUUAGGAAAGAUUAAUAUUGUCCGGACCUCAGAAAGCGUACUUAGAAAGAUGAAUAUAACGAAUUUACACGGAGUGUUUUCCCUACUCAGUUCGCGGCACCUAAAAGCCUGUUUUAUUGUUUUGAUAUUACAUAACGUAUGCCAGUACGAAGUAGAUGACGGAUUUCUGCAAAGAACUUGAUCAAACACCGGUGUAGCGAGUACAAAAUCUAACGAAAGCACUCGCAAUCAUCAGAAACAGAAAAUGCAGUUGUGGAGAAGCUAAUUUAAGAAGAAAAAGCUACAUGGUUUGUCCAUGAUCGAUAUAUAUCAAAGAUAGGUUAGCCAAGUAUGGACUGUAUAACUUGUACACACGUAAUAGAACAAAAUAAAAUUAAACAAGACUAUAAUCUUUGAAAAUGUCUUGUCCUUAAAAUUUCGCAACGUAUAUAAUAUUAAUUAUUAUUGUAAUACGAUGGACAUGUUAUAAAGAUGUUGUAAAACUACCGGACAUUUCAAUAGCACUUCUCGAUUGACAUGUACGCCCAAUAAAUGACUAAAUAUUAAGAGACUGUAUAUUAUUCUUAUUUGCAAAUGCACUUUGCGAUGAAAUGAGUUAAAGCGUAUUCUAAAAUAUGCUGAAAUAAAAAAUGUAUAUAUAUAUAUAU